UGAGCCACCAGGGAAGCCUGGUCCAUACCUAUUUUUAUAGAAAGAAUUUUUUUUCCUGUUUUGAGCUCCUGUCUCUAAUUAGUUCAGCAAGUAUUCACUGACACCCACUAAAAUCCUGAGGGCUAUCUACCAUUUACUGAGCACUUAAAAGCACUCUCCAUACUUAACCUUGAUCCCUCAUUUCCCUUGGGAAGAGCUACCUCAUUUUACAAACAGCAACCCCAGCUGGGAGAGGUUCAGCCACUCACUCAAGUCCUUCCACCGGCAAAGGUGAGGAGAGCCAGACAGGAGUGAAAAGAACCAGAAACAGUCUCUACCUCAACGGCCUGACCAUGAACAUGGCAAGUUGACUGCCAGACACAGCAACUGAGACACGAGCUGUGGUGGUGCUUCUCUGCAGGGCACUGCUAUGGGAGGAUGGAGGGCAGCAUCGCUAAUUCUAUCUGGCGGGAAGUCUUCCUGAAGGUGACUGGGCUGAGUCUGGAAGGUUCUGUUCCUUUUGGAGGGGGAGCGGGCCAUGGAGCAUGGCCAGCAACCCAGGUCUGUUUAAGGUAGUCGGGAGACAGGAAGCCCAGCCAGGCUGAAAGGUUGAAAGGUUGGCCGGCGUGGGGACGUCAGAGUCACAGACACGUCCUUCAGGAAGCCUGAGUUGUGAAAGUCCUGAGGAUUGGGUUUUUGGGAGGAGGGGACAGACAUAGCUGGGGGUGGAGCAGUAGUUUAGGCAGGAUCUCGAGACUUAAAGGAGGGCAGAGAAAGUAAAGGCAGAGCCUGUCCUGUGGAUCAGCAGGGCCUGGCCGCACAGGGUCAUUCUGAGGCUGAGGCCCUUGUUGGGAGGGUUGGCAGGGGAACAGGUCAUAGCCACCAGAGCCCCCAGCCUGGCUGCAGAUGACCUGACCCCACUUGGAGGGGUGCUGACUCCCGCUUCCAUCAUGAGCUGGCAGAGUUGGGGGACCUCGGAGGCCAAAGCCUGGGGCCGCAGCCCAGAGACAGCAAAGACCAGGAACGACGGGGGAGGAUGGAGUGGCCCGUUGUCCCAGCAAUUUGGCAGAGGUUGGUAGGAGGAACCAGGAGGCUGAAAUGGAGGGUGGAAACAGCCAGUGAAGGGCUUUCGCUGCCAGAUAUAGACGUGUGGGUACCGGGGAGAUGAUUGUUUUUUGAGCCCGAGAAUGCUAUGGUCAAACCUACUGUCUCUCUCACUCUCACCAGAAUGUGAGCUUCCGGAGUCAAGGAGUUUGCCUUUGGGCCAAGCUCCACGUCUUCGUAGCUGUGUGACUUUGGUCGAUUCACUCAACCACUCUGAGCCUCAGUUUCUCAGCAGCAAAAUGUGAUGAUUGAGAGCAUUAAGGAAGCUGACAGAUGGCAUUUGUGAAGACAGCCUUGUGCAUGGGAGAUGCUCUCUUCCCACUGAGGGUUUUGCGCAACCACACCUGUGUUCUCUCUCCUCCACCCCCAUCCCCAGACCACACUCAUCCUUCAAGGCCCAUUCAAAUUGAUCUCCUCCUUGAAAUCAUUCUUCACAACCCAAUGGCUCCUGUCACUGACUGCUUAAUAAUCAAGUAACCAUAAUUUUUUUCAUUUGCUUUUAUUCUUUCCUCCUUAGAUGGUAAAGCUUUUGAAAGCAGGAACACAAUUUCAAGCACGGUUGUGGGGUGGGCAAAGCCCCACUAGCGUGGGAAGUAGACGCCCGGGGUUUAGUUCUUCUAGGUAAACUUGGGGCUCCACGUGGCACUGGGGGCUUCAGUUUCAUCAGUCAAAUGGCAACGAUAACCUCCCUCACAGUUUCCAGAAGAUCAAUUUAGACAUUCUGUGUGAAACAUAGUUAGGAGGAGUUGAAUAAAUAUUGUUGAAUGAAUUGAAACUGCUUUGUAUAAUGAAGUUCUUUACAAAUGUCAGACCUUAUUUUUAAUUCCCCAUAGUGUAUAGUAAAAGGCCUUAUCUUUAAUUGCUGCUGAGAGAAACUGCAUGCUUAAAUAUUUUCUCCUGUCACCCAGAUGAAGACCAAAAGAGGCAUCAUACAGGGGUUAUAAAGAUUACUCUGGUUUUAAAUGAUAUUUCAUCUUCCUUCUCAGCAGGUCGAGAUGACCACAGCUACCCCUUUGGGGAGUACCACCUUCUUCUCAUUGAACAUGACCACCAGAGGAGAAGACUUUCUGUACAAGAGUUCAGGAGCCAUCGUUGCUGCCAUUGUGGUGGUUGUCAUCAUCAUCUUCACCGUGGUUCUGAUCUUGCUGAAGAUGUACAACAGGAAAAUGAGGACAAGACGGGAGCUGGAGCCCAAGGUCCCCAAGCCAGCCUCCCCUUCUGCCGUGGGCCCAAACAGCAACAGCAGCCAACACCCUGCAACUGUGACCUUCAGCCCUGUUGACGUCCACGUGGAGACUCGGUGACCCCCCAUCCUGGGUGCUGUCUCGGCCACUGUCCAAAGAGCCUUCAGUCAAGACCAAGAAGCACAUUUCUCCUCUGGCAGCUUCACUAUGAGUUUGUUCCGGUCAGGUCAACAGGGGCAUCUCUUAUGCAAUCCCUGAUGCUUCAGGCAACCCCCAACCCCAUCCUGCCGGGCCCCACCCCAGGUACGUCCAUAUCCCUGCUGCCACCCUUCCAAAAAGCUGUGCUAUUUUGGGAAUCCACUGCUGUGGGUUUAGCUGUCUCCCCACAAACACAAUAGCUAGACAGACAGACAGACAGUCAGAUGGCCCAGGAGUCUUCUGGUCAGGAGUCAGGGGUCAGGGCAUGCUCCUUAGAGGGUCUGCCCUGAGGUCAUAUCAGAGGAAGGGCCAUAUCCACAGCUUUGUAGAGCAAAAUAGUCAAUCCCAUAAUCAGGCACUAACUCACCAACAGCCCAGCUUGUUAAUUUAUAACUUGUUCCAGUGCUAAAUGACUGCUAGCUAGCUCAUGAUCAUCGAUCAGCACAUUUCUCCCUCUUUAAGAAAGGUUUUGGGGAAAACUGGAUUCUUCUCCAAAGGUGUCUACUUCUUUAGUAAAGAGUCAAAGUCGAAGACAUAGGAUGACCUUGAGGAAGAACAGCAUCUAGGAUGAAAGCUUGCUGUAGUGUCCAUGGGCCUGGAAUAAGCCUGGUGUCUGGUCAGGGCCCCUCCCCCCACACACCCCCACGGGGGCUGGAUUAACCUUGACUCAGUCUCAUUUCUUGGCUUCCCUCUAUUUGGAUUCUGAACAAUCCUCACUCUCCAGUUACCAUCUUACCUCCAAGGUCCAGUAUUUGGAGACUGAUUAGAUUACAGCUCUAUUUAUGUUACCUCUGCCCUUCCUGGUCACCUUGCAAAGAUUCAGGAUAUAUUCAAAGUACCACAUUCACAAACCAUUCCUCUGGACAGAACUCAUCUCUUUGACACUUCAGCCUGGAGAACAACCUACUGAAAGAGGAAAGCAUUUUGGAAUUAAGAAGACCUGCCUUCCAAGCCCUAUUUCCUGGUUUUGUGGCCUUGGGAAAGUGACUUGACCCCUCCGUAUUCUGUUUCCUAACAUGAAAUGGGAAUAACGUCUGCCUCACUGGGUGACUAUGACAAGCCAGGGACUUAGUAAAACAGCUUAGGUAGCACCUGGCGCCCAGCAGAUGCUUUAUAAAUGGGAGCCAGCAUUAUUAUUAUGAAUUUCUUCCAUUGUAAGACAUACACUUGUUCCCAUUUUAAUGAUUCUGAAAUCAGAAUAUGUCUUAAAAUGGAUGGGUCCACUAAUGAGGUUGCAUUUUUUUUCUCUCUCUCUCUCAAAAAGCUGUUUUUUAGCCAGUUGUGCAUUUUACAGUUGAAGGCAUCUUGGAAACAAGGUAAUAAAUCUGUAUUCUAUUACAGACAGUGACACACUCUGACAUUUAACCUUAAACUCUAGGAGUCUCUCCUUCUGAGGGAAAUCUCUUUUGAGGGAAAACUGAGGGUCAGGAGGUAAGAAGACGGACACAGGGUCACACAGUUCAUGUCAUCCCACUAUAAAAAUGCUCACUUGAAUAUAUCUGGAGAAAUACAGGCAAAUUCUUUCUCCCCAGACAUCUCUUCUCCCUCCUGUGUUUAAAUAUCCAGCAGACACUUUGCAAGGUGUUUUACAUAAGUUAUGUCAUGGGAUUUAUUUUUCCCAAUAACCCUGGGAGGUAUUAUUUUUCCCAUUUGCCAAUGAGAAUUUCAAACUCAAGAAGAAAAAAUACUUGCUCAAAGUCUCACAGCUUGUGAGACAGUAAGUCGCAAAGACAAGACUCAAACCGUGGCCUCUUUGACUCCAAAGUCCAUCUUUUUGUUGUAUCACACUCUUCCCUAACAUCCCGGCUCACAGAACAUGGAUUCUUUUGCGAGCUGAGCAAGAGGAGGACAGGCUUACCCAUGUGUCUGAGUGGAGGUCGGGGGUCAGCUUCCACACCAAAGGUGGGGCAAAGCCACUUUGGUAGCCUCCUCUGGGCUUCCAUGAUUGUAGACAAAGGGGCCGUUUCCAAAUCCAUCCAAGCUCUAAGGAUUUCUGCUUCAUUCCCCCACCACUUAGGCCCAAGGAGCAAGGCAUGAGAUGGCCUCGAACCAGGACAAAGCCAUUUAAGGACUCAAGCCCACAUAGAUGUGUUUCCCAGAUGUAUUCUGCUUUAAAAAAAAAAAAAA